GGGCAUCAGACCCAGAAGGUAGAGCCAUGCAUUUGAAUCUCAUUACAAACUCUUUUAAUUGCAGAAACAAAAAGUGUCGUAAAUCAUAAUGGCUGGAGAAGUGUUGUUGUUUGGUUUCUGGGGAAGCCCUUUUAGUCGCAGAGUAGAGAUGGCUCUAAAACUGAAAGGAAUAGAGUACAAAUACAUUGAUGAAGAUUUUUCAAACAAGAGCCCUUCCCUCCUCAAAUACAACCCAAUUCACAAGAAGGUUCCCGUGUUUGUACACAACGGAAAGCAUUUGGCUGAGUCACUUGUUAUUCUGGAAUACAUUGAUGAGACCUGGAAAGACCAUCCCAUCUUGCCCAAAGAUCCAUACGAAAGAGCCAAUGCACGAUUCUGGGCCAAGUUCAUAGACGAGAAGUACUUGUCUGCAAUAUGGAAAUCUUGCACAUGUGAAGAGAAAGAGCGUGAGAAAGCUGUGGAAGAAACAUCUGAGCUUCUACAAUUUCUAGAAAAUGAGCUCAAGGAACAGAGGUAUUUUGGUGGAGAGACUAUAGGGCUGGUAGACAUUGCUGCUAACAUCAUAGGCUACUGGCUUGAAAUUUUUGAAGAAGCUUUUGGGGUAGAGUUGUUGAGAAAGGAGAAAUUUCCCAAACUUUGCAAAUGGGCUAAUGAGUUUGUGAGUAUCAGUGCCAUCAAGGAAAAUAUACCUCCUAGAGACAAACUGAUUGCCUUUUUGCGAAAUCGAUUUGGGGUUGGUAAUGCUUCCAAAUAGUUGAACUUACACUCGCCACUCACAGUUGGUGCAUAUUACUGCAUAAUAAUUGACCGCUUUCUCAUCAAUCGUGUUCUUAUGUACCUUGUAAUUUCAUGUGAUUUGUUUGUAAUAGUUUAAGAAUUUGUUUGAGCCUUUGAGCCUCGUACUUGCUUACCCUGUUGCAGUUUUUCUAUAAAGUGCUCUCCACUCUUGGUUA